GUACAGGUGUGACCGUUCCUACCGGUGUGUGCCUGAGCGCGUGGACAGUGGUCUGCCUCCGUCCCACACGCAUUAUGUGUGGGAGUAUACACCGUAAUGGCACGUGAGAAAACAGGAGUUGUAGACCCUCUUAGUUGACUGAACAACAAGUUUAUAAAUAAGAAAGGAUUAUUGGAUUUUCUCGCUUCUUUUAUAUACCAUUUGUUAAAAAUGAAACCCAUGCCGCUUGGUGGGGGUGGGAUUCGGUGAGGUACAGUAGUGUACCCCGUGGGAUUGUUUCGUGUAUGUUUUGAAAGGGAUGACCACAAGCGGUAUCGAGUGUACAUCUGUAACCCCCUUGCUUAUGAACACUGGAGUAACGUCAAAGCAGGACAUGAUGACCACGGAUAUGGCUGAGUUUCAGGAUAUGUGGCAAGACAUCGAGAGUGUGUUAUUGGGGGACAUUCACCCAUCAGAGCACCAAAUGAAGCCACCAGUGUCAAUGAGUUCAAUGAAGCCCAUGCAUUCAAAUCAAUCACAAACAAUGGACAGUGUUCAAAAGAGACUAAUGGCACCACCUCUAAACGCUCACAUCGUCACAGAGGACACAACGCCUGCCAACAGAUAUGAAGACAUUGGUGCUUAUAUGGAUUUUGUUUUAAGUAGUUCCUCCACUGGUAAUACGCAUCCAUCUGUGAUCUAUACUGACGAUGUUAGUUUUGAUGACAGCGUGAAACCAGACCUGUGUAAUAAUACUACAGGUUCUAUAAACGAAACGGACGAAAUGCCGCCUUUGAUUCCAAUUGAUCACGGCAAAGACAGGUUUUCCCAAUUAAAUAACUGUGUCCCUUUGCAGCAACAGCAACAACAACAACAACCCAAUCCUCACGUCGUAGCACCUUACACGACGACGAUACCACAAAAUAUGUGGGUGACAUACAACACAAAUACCAAUGCAGUGAUUGCGAGUCAGAUGUCACCGCCAGCGUCACCCGAAAGGACAGGUCAACAACUGGCCAUGAAAGCUGCCAGUGGGUUGUUAGUCGAUGGAUUCAUGUCCCCGCAUGUCAUGAAUCAUACUCAAACUCAAUUUGGUACACCUUCGACAGUGUCCAUGCCAUCAGGUCACCAUGGCCAACUACCCCAGCAGCAACCUCCCCAUUUGCGGAUGGUCACACCACCUUCCUCGCCUCAUCUUGCGGAAUUACUCAACAAUAAUCGUGCCACCACUGCUGCCGCCGUGACAACCGGGUUCACGACGACGCAUCAGACUGUUUUCGCCAAUUUGCCAGACAUCCCUGAUCCACAGCAGCAGCAACAACAACAACAACCGUCGGGAAAUAUGGUGGGUAAACCGAAACGUGGAAGAAGAAGUUUCGGUCGGAAGAAAAUAACGACGCACACUUGUUCACAUCCAGGUUGUUCCAAGACUUAUACAAAGAGUUCGCACCUGAAAGCUCACCUGAGGACCCAUACAGGAGAAAAACCAUAUCAGUGCAAUUGGAAAGGGUGCGGCUGGAAAUUUGCUCGAUCUGAUGAACUUACUCGACAUUACAGGAAACAUACCGGAGACAGACCCUUUCAGUGCAGACUUUGCGAGAGAGCCUUCUCGAGAUCCGAUCAUCUCUCGUUACAUAUGAAAAGGCACACGGCUGUAUAAAUAGAUUUUUUCGCUCUUUUUGUGUUCUUACUCUGCUGAGUGGCAAAGAAGCUCGGUUCAACAGUGAAUUUUGCUUUUUCGAUUUCAACUCAAUCGAUGAGCACAGAAAGCACAGGUUUCAAAGGUGAAUAAAAUGAUACAAAUAUUAAAGAAAAGUUCAAUAUCACUAAAUUUUUUUCUGUUCAAUCUAUGAGGAAAUUUUUCAGAAAUGUAAAAUUAUUUACGUUUAUUUAAAAAUAAAUUUUACAUGAUAGGGAAAUCAAAACAAGAUAUCGAUAGUUUAGACAAACUUUUAAUUCAUGUGGUUUUUGUGUUCAUUGAUUUGGAUAUUUUAUAAACUAUUAUUCAAUACAGAAGAAUAUGUACUUGUCUUAAUUAGCAUAAUCUGCAUUC